AUGCGCCGCUUCUCUUCGCGCGUGCUGCUGCAACAAGCAAAGCCACCGCUUCUUUCCGCCAGAGCGCCCCUCCCCCUCUUUGUUUCCCGCUCUCCUCAAGCUUCGGUCCCCAGAUCGAUCUCUCGUCGCACUCCUUCUCCGCUCUCACAAACCUCCAAAAGAUACUGUUCAUACCGCAGAAUGUGCAGCUCACGCCGCGGCGAGGUCUCCGGAUCCACCAAUGUUCAGGGCCGCGAGGUUCUACCUACAAAUGUCAAACCGCAACAUUAUGACUUGACUCUCGAGCCUAACUUUGAGAAGUUCACUUACGAGGGAACGGUCAACAUUGAUCUCGAUGUGACCGAAGACACCGAUUUCGUUUCUCUCAAUUCCAACGAAAUCGACAUUCACAGCGCAGUGGUUUCAGCUAAUGGGUCGGUGGUAGACUCAAAGCCUGAAAUCUCUCUCAACAAGGAUGCCCAGACGGCAACUAUUAAGUUCGGACAGGCUAUCUCGGCGGGUUCGAAGGCCCAGUUGAAGCUUACUUUCACUGGUAUUCUCAACGAUAACAUGGCCGGAUUCUACCGAUCAUCAUACAAGAAGGAUGGAGAGACCAAGUAUAUCGCUUCCUCCCAGAUGGAGCCGACGGAUGCCCGUCGGGCCUUCCCUUGUUUCGACGAGCCUGCUCUCAAGGCCAAGUUCACCGUGACUUUGGUCGCAGAUAAGAGCAUGACCUGCCUGAGCAACAUGGAUGUUGAGACCGAGACCGAGGUUCAGGGUGGCGCCAAGAAGGCUGUGAAAUUCACUACUUCGCCGCUCAUGUCCACUUAUCUCGUUGCCUUUAUCGUUGGUCACCUUAACUACAUUGAGACAAAGAACUUCCGCGUUCCCAUUCGUGUAUACGCUACCCCGGAUCAGGAUAUCGAGCACGGUCGUUUCUCUUUGGAGCUCGCUGCUAAGACUCUGGCUUUCUACGAGAAGGCCUUUGACAACGACUUCCCUCUGCCCAAGAUGGACAUGGUUGCCGUUCCCGAUUUCAGCGCCGGAGCCAUGGAGAACUGGGGUCUGAUUACUUACCGUAUCGUCGAUGUGCUGUUGGACGAGAAGAACAGUGGUGCGUCUCGAAAGGAGCGUAUUGCUGAGACCGUCCAGCACGAAUUGGCUCACCAGUGGUUCGGAAACCUCGUCACCAUGGACUUCUGGGAUGGUCUUUGGCUCAACGAGGGUUUCGCAACCUGGAUGUCGUGGUACUCUUGCAACGUCUUCUACCCCGAGUGGAAGGUCUGGCAAACCUACGUCAUUGACAACCUGCAGGGUGCUCUUUCACUCGACUCUCUGCGCAGCAGUCACCCUAUCGAGGUGCCUGUCAAGCGUGCUGAUGAGAUCAACCAAAUCUUCGAUGCUAUUUCCUACUCCAAGGGUUCAUCUGUCCUGCGCAUGAUCUCCAAGUAUCUCGGCGAGGAUGUGUUCCUCCAGGGUGUCCGCAACUACAUCAAGAAGCACGCCUACGGAAACACCGAGACCGGUGAUCUGUGGGCUGCUUUGGGCGAUGCUAGCGGCAAGCCCGUGAAGUCGGUCAUGGAUAUCUGGACCAAGAACGUCGGUUUUCCCGUCCUCAGUGUCACCGAGAACAAGGAUAACUCCUCGAUCCACGUGAAGCAGAACCGUUUCCUGCGCACCGGUGAUGUCCGCCCCGAGGAAGAUCAGACCCUCUUCCCCGUCAUGCUCGGUCUGCGCAGCGAGAAGGGCGUCGAUGAAACCACUAUGCUCACUGAGCGCGAGAACAACUUCCCUGUUCCUGAUCUGGACUUCUACAAGCUUAACGCCGACCACUCUGCCAUCUUCCGUACCUCAUACAGCCCCGAGCGUCUCAAGAAGCUUGGCCAGGCUGCCCGUGACGGCCGCCUGAGUGUCGAGGACCGCGCCGGUAUGAUCGCCGAUUCUGGUGCCCUGGCGGCAUCCGGUUACCAGCGCACCUCCGGUCUGCUGUCCUUGCUCCAAGGUCUCGACACCGAGUCCGAGUUCGUGGUUUGGAACGAGAUUCUCACCCGUAUCGGUACCCUGCGUGCUGCUUGGCUCUUCGAGAACACCGAGACCAGGGAUGCUCUCAAGGCCUUCCAGCGCUCGCUGGUUGCCACCAAGGCACACGAGAUUGGCUGGGAAUUCCCCGAGAACGACGACCACAUUCUGCAGCAAUUCAAGGCCCUCAUGUUCGGCUCUGCAGGUAUGGCCGAAGACCCAGUUGUGGUGAAGGCUGCCCAGGACAUGUUCGCCCGCUUCGCCGCUGGUGAUGUCUCCGCUAUUCAUCCCAACAUUCGCGGCAGUGUCUUCACCAUUGCUCUGAAGCACGGCGGUGUCAAGGAAUACGAGGUUGUUCUGGACCGGUUCCGUAACGCCCCUACUUCCGACGAGAAGACCACUGCUCUGCGCUGCCUGGGUGCCUCCGAGGACCCAACACUCAUCCAGCGCACUCUUGGCCUUGCCAUCAACGACGAGGUCAAGAGCCAGGAUAUCUACAUGCCUCUCGGUGGUCUUCGCAGCCACCCUGCCGGUAUCGAAGGCCGCUGGAACUGGCUCAAGUCCAACUGGGAUGACCUUUACAAGCGUCUGCCUCCCGGUCUCGGUAUGCUGGGCACCGUUGUUCAGCUGACCACCGCCAGCUUCUGCACCGAGGCGCAGUUGAAGGACGUGGAGCAAUUCUUCGCUUCCAAGGACACCAAGGGCUUCGACCGUGCCGUUGAGCAGAGUCUCGAUGCCAUCCGCGCUAAGGUUAACUGGCUCAAGCGUGACCGCCAGGAUGUCGAGGAAUGGCUCAGCAGCAACAGCUACCUUCAGAGCAAGCUCUGA